AGUGCCGCAGACCACCUCGUGGAUUCCUUUGUAACCACAACAAAACAAAAUAGGUAUGGUGAGCCAAAAAUGUAUGCAUGUAUCUCCACACUGCAAGCUUUUGUACAAGUGGUUAUGAUGGUAAGCAUGUGUUAACGUAACUCUUUCCUGUGAACAAGUUCUGCAGAAACUUGGCACCGCAUGAUUGGUCAUCCACAGAAAAAACUUAUAGAUGAAGAGGACAAAUAUUACUCUUCCUGGAGUCAAUGUUCUAAAGUAGAGAUGGAGAGCUGAUAACAACAAAAGAUCCUACUUUGACAACUUUUCAAGUUGUCACUGACAAGAUUUUGAUUUUGGAGUUUGGAUAUUUCCACCAGUACCAAGAAUGCCCUCCCACAUGUGGCAAGGGGAUGACCCGCCACACUCAAUCCAAGACGUCUACGAUUACAUCGACAGAGAACUGAAAACCCUGAAAGUGAGACUCAUCAACAAGAUCGAGAAGUUGUUCUACGGCGGAAUCGAGCCCAUCCAGUUCCUGAUUCACGUGGAGGAGAUCUUCAAGACCAAGCACCGAGUGAAGAGGAUCAAGAACUUGGUACCUCGGGUGGCAUCCUGGGCCGAUGUGGACCUCUUCGCCCGGACCAGUAACGAGGUGCGACGCCCCGGAGGAGUCCGCGAUGCUGGCUUCAGUAAGGACCUGAACACCUUCAUGCACGCCUUCCAGCGCGCGGUGAAAGCCCUCUCGGAUCUCUUGGAAGAUGUCAGGGACCUGUACACCAUCGUACAAAGCUUCUGUCGGAACUAUCAAUCCCUGGAAGGGGAGUUUGACUUGAAAUGGGCUCGGGCCACCAAUUUGGAACUUAAGAACAAUCUGCAAGGAACUGCAGUGCUCCUGAACGAAUCGCAAACUGGGGUCAACCAAAAGCUUUUUAGCUCAGACAAGUUUUCUUUAGAGGUCGCUGAGACCUGCGAUACUAAGAGAUAUCCAGUGCUGAGGCUCAUGCCCGACCUCUUCCAGAAGUUUCACUUCGUGCUUCAUCUCCUCGGCAAGUGGCGCGCCAACGAUCAGAUCUACAUGGAGGACAUCCAGUUCAAGCUCAUCAAGACCAAACGCCUACAGCGUCUGAAACAGGAGGAGUACAACACUCUAGAACUGGAGCACGGGAACAUCCUCAGCAACAUCGUGGAGAAGAGGGUCCGGGUACGUGCGCGUGAGAUCAGAGAAAGAAUCAAACAACUAGAUGCAGAGAUCAACAAACUGCAUUUGUUGAAGAAGAACAUGGUCGCAGAGAAGACGCAAACUGAGCAGGAUGUUUUGGAGAGGAAGCGAGUCAUGUUCCUCAACAAGAACACAACAGACAUCUCCAAGGAUAUCGAAAACAUCCUAGGCCUGAAGAAAGAUGUUGAAAUCCUUGGAAAGAAACUGAAAUCUCUCAACAAGAGCAUCAAGCUCAACGACCAUGACCUUCAAACGAGGGUGAAAGAGAAGCAGGAUUUGGGACAAGACUAUAAUGAGAUGCGAUCAGCCACCAGCCGGUCCAACCAGCUUGCUUUCGAGAGGACCGAACUCUCCAAGGAAAUCUCUAUCAUCAACGAGAAGAUUCAGGAACUCGAGACUAUAUUUUACCGGAAGACGGACAAGCACAAACUAGCCCAAGCUUUUGACGAGGUCCAGAAAAGUUUGGAGGAGUCACAAUAAACAUCUAAACGGUUUUAACACUCUAGGCUGCUUUUGCGGUAGAGGAUCUCUAUUCGUAUUUGUUAAUGUAAUGAUAAAAAAAAUCAAGCCACCUUUAUUCUUUAAUUUAAGUCCCACAUGAGAUUUACUCACAAUUUAAGUAGCACGGUGAGCAGAAUAUAAAAAGUCAUUGAAAAGGAAAAGAUGAAAACUUUUAUUAUAAAAAACCCCAAAGAAUCCAUGGCACUCUACCAAGCAAUGUCGCAUCCAAAACCCAUUUGAUGGCAUGCACCAGCGAAGGGAAAAAAAACAAAGAAAAUGGUUUAAAACUUGAUUUUUCCUGAAACUGGUAAUUUAAUUCACAAAAUGGCAGUCUGUAGCUCAUAUUCAUGAAAAACAAUAUCCAACACCAAGAACUCAAAUAAAUUAACUUUCUCGUGGAGCUGGAGUAUAAAGCUAUUUUUGUCAGUAACAUACUUUGGGUAAUACUUGGUAGGCGAUGCAGACGUUUGCUCUUGAGUAUAUAUACAUUUUUUUAAUACUCCGGCAAAGAAAUGACCACAAAGAAAUGCAUCAAAAUAAACGGGUAUUCUCCCCCAACGUCUGUACUAUAAUAUAAUGUGAACCGCUGAAAACACUUGCUACGAAAAACAAACCCAAACAUAAAACCCCAAAAGAGCUUUAUGCUCGUUGACAUAAACAAAUUUGUGAACUUAACUUGUCGAACCUCUAUUCCCCAUCAUCGUAACAUUUGAAAGUAUCAACACAAUCGGGCGCCAAACACGAAUUCAAACAAAAACGCGACUCUGUUUAUAUGAUGUUCUUUCGACCAUAUAUUUGCAUUGUACUUUGUAUAAAUAACAUUGUGUAUAGUUGUGUCGCAGAGCUGACAUACUGACGAAUAAGCGAAAACCUGUUUUGAGUAAUUCGCAUUUGAAGUUUGACACUUUAAUUUUCUGGAAAUGUAUUUUACCCUUAAUGUUUCGAUAAUAACCCUUUUGGUGUAUAUUCGAAAUAAAACAGGAAACGUAGUAUCCAUCAGGUAACUUAUUUAAUCAGA